ACAAAGAAUAAAGAUCUACCACAUCCCACAACACCCAAAAGAAAACACCAACUUUAAUUUAUUGCAAUGGGCAGUCUCGAAGCUAGCCAUGACCUCAAAAACGGCUCAACCCACUUGUUGAACCCGCUUGACCUGGAUGAAUUCAGGAGGCAAGGCCACAUGAUCAUAGAUUUCCUGGCCGAUUACUACAAAAACAUCGAAAAAUACCCGGUCCGAAGCCAAGUCGAGCCGGGAUAUCUCUCAUCCCGUUUGCCCGAUUCGGCUCCUCUUGACCCGGAACCCAUUGAAACAAUUAUACAAGAUGUGGAAAACCAUAUCAUCCCGGGUAUAACCCACUGGCAAAGCCCAAACUACUUUGCCCACUUCCCAUCAAGCGGAAGCACAGCAGGUUUCUUGGGAGAAAUGGUUAGUACCGGGUUUAAUGUGGUCGGGUUCAAUUGGGUGUCAUCGCCCGCUGCAACCGAGCUAGAAUCCAUAGUGAUGGAUUGGUUUGGAAAAAUGCUUCAACUUCCCACAUCAUUCCUUUUUUCGGGUGGGGGUGGGGGUGUUUUACAAGGAACCACUUGUGAGGCCAUUUUGUGUACUCUAAUAGCCGCGAGAGAUCAAGUUCUAAACCAAGUCGGGAGAGGGAGCAUCGUGAAGCUUGUCGUUUAUGGGUCAGAUCAAACCCAUUUCGCUCUGCAAAAGGCAGCCCGAAUUGCUGGAAUUAGCCCGAAAAAUUUUCGGGCCAUCCCAACAACGAAAGAUGACGCGUUUGGAUUGUCUCCAGACUCGUUGGAAUCGGCAAUUGUGUCGGAUUUGGCAGUCGGGCUAAUACCACUUUUUUUAUGUGCGACUGUUGGGACUACUUCGUCAACUGCUGUUGAUCCGGUGGGUCCUCUUUCUAACGUGGCGAAACGUUAUGGUGUGUGGGUUCACGUCGACGCUGCUUACGCAGGAAGCGCGUGUAUUUGCCCCGAGUUCCGACACUUUAUUGACGGGAUUGAAGGUGCAAACUCUUUUAGCCUUAAUGCACAUAAGUGGUUCUUUACGAAUUUGGAUUGUUGUUGCCUAUGGGUUAAAGACCCAAAUGCCCUUAUUAAAGCCCUGUCAACAAACGCCGAGUGCCUAAGAAAUAAAGCUACUGAGUCGAACCAAGUUGUGGAUUACAAAGAUUGGCAGAUACAAUUGAGCCGGAGAUUCAGAGCAAUGAAGCUCUGGCUUGUGCUCCGCAGCUACGGAGUGGUCAACCUCCAAAAUUUGAUCCGAAGCCAUGUCGAUAUGGCGAAGUAUUUCGAAGGGCUUGUCGGAAUGGACAAGAGGUUCGAGGUGGUUGUUCCUAGGAACUUUGCUAUGGUGUGUUUUAGGAUUUCACCCAUGGCCAUUGGUGAUCGUCUGAAGUCGGGUGACGAGAACAUUGUUAAUGAAGUUAACCGCAACUUGUUGGUGUCCGUCAAUGGUUCGGGCCGAGUCUACAUGACUCAUGAUGUGGUUGGAGGGGUGUACAUGAUUCGAUUUGCUGUCGGCGCGACACUUACGGACUAUCGACAUGUUGAUGUGGCAUGGGAAGUGGUUCAAGACUGCACACAUGCCAUGUUAACUAAAUCCUAGUCAGGGUUCGUUUUUGGCCCAAUAGUUUACAGAAGAAGACGAUAUAACUUGCUUUCUGUACGUAUAAAAAAAGUUUGCUUUCUAUGAUUACUUUUGGGAUAGUGUCCCAAAUCUGGCUCAAACAGAUAGAUAUCAAUACGUACUACUGUACUUGGGGUUGGAGGGUGGAUACAAGCUAACUCCCCCAUCUAUCGGUAUUGUAAUAUGGCCAUGCUUUCUUUUCAGAUCUUAUCGUAUUGUCGUAUAUAUAUAUAUUUUUUAUUGUCAA